AUGGUGAGUACGCUUAUACAGUCUAAUUCUUUCCGUUUUCUUUCUUUUUUAUUACUGGAAACCAUGUUUUGUGGAGUUCAUGUUUACUGUUAUAUAUUCGCUUGUGCCUUCAGCAACCUCGUUUUUCCCAACUGUCAAUUUACCAUAACACUAUCUAUCUAUCUAUCUAUCUAUCUAUCUAUCUAUCUAUCUAUCUAUCUAUCUGUUGUGACCUUGUGCUGGGGUGCGAGUCUGUUGUGGACGUCGACUGCUCCGGUCGCGCGCGCGCGUUUUUUUUUUUUAAUUCUAACCGCUGAUGCCGUCUGUUUGCCGCGCCUCCUGUGCCGACAUUAUCUAUCUAUCUAUCUAUCUAUCUAUCUAUCUGACUGUCUUUUUCUAUAUUAUCUAUCUAUCUAUCUAUCUAUCUAUCUAUCUAUCUAUCCUUUUUUCUCUCUAUCAGUUCAGACCUGUUUUAUUCUGUUCAAAGAUAUAAUCUCUCUCUCUCUGUCUCCCUAUCUAUCUAUCUAUCUAUCUAUCUAUCUAUCUGACUAUAGUAUCUAUCUAUCUAUCUAUCUAUCUAUCUAUCUAUCUAUCUACUUCGGACAUAUAAUUAUUUAG